ACAAUCUCACUUUGCCUGUUCAUCUGAAUAUUAGGUAACACAGUGCUACAAGUGUGUUUAUGUAAGUAAUCCUUAGUUAAUAUAGACCAUCCUUAAAAGUUUGUGAAUCUGGGGGAAACAAUUUAAGGCCCUGGGAAGUUUUUGAAAAUAUACAUACAUAGAUACAGGGCAUUGAACGUGCUUGAAUCUAUUUUAUGCAAAGAAAAUCAAUUUUAUUCCCUUUGUAGUGUAGUGUUCCCGUCUCAGGGAAAGCAACGCUGCGUCUCCCUUGCCAUACUUCCUGCGCCCCUGUAAAACCGUCUUUGGCAAUAUUUCAGAAAGCGAUAUACUUCUGGCUCCUGCGUCACCCUGUCUUUGUCGUUAAGCGUCACUAUUGGUUGAAUUUGAGAUACACAUUGAGACGCACUUUCCCCUGGAGGCGUCCCCAAAGUGUCACCGCAGUGACGCAGCGUGAGUUCCCUCGAAACGGAAAUGUAACAAUGUAUCUUAAAAGGUAACACGAUGUAACCUUGCUCUCACUUGAAAUGUGUCCCCAUGUUCAGUCCUUGAAUUUGAGGGUAUUGGACCUGGAAAGUCCUUGAAAGGUCUUUGAAUUUGAAGUUAACUAAGGUGUAGGAACCCUGUAAUCCUCAUUUAGGUAUAUGCAUGUGACUCAUACUUGCUUAGAGCUUGUGCCUUUCACUGUAAAAUAAUUUACUGGCAUUAAGCGCCAUGGAUCAUACAUGACUGAUGUUUCCCUCUAGUGGCCAAAGACCUGAAAAGAUCAGUUCACCCAAAAAUGACAAUUUGCAUAAUUUAUAUAUUUAAAAUAAAAUGGCAUCAUGUUUUUUUUUCAUAUGGGGUUUAACAUGGCAAAACUCCACAUUGCACAGAGCACACAAUCAUUAAAGUAAUCCAAAUGACUCCAGUGGGUUAGAUUGUUCAUAUUUGGGUGAACUAGUACUUUAAAAGGAGCCAAACUCACAGGAUUUAUUAAAAUAAUCGCACAAUGUAUAUCAAUAUACAGGUUAUAUGAUUGAUAAUCUGUGAGUUGGUGGUUUUUAAAUACAUUGUGUGAAAUAUUGAUAUUUACUCAACAAGAAUCAAGUUAUUUUUACUAAAUACACGGUAAACAGUGAGUCUUGUACAAUAAAAGUUAUGAAAGAGACGCAUAUAUAGUUCUAAAAACAAUACAAUAUAUUCGACUUUAAUAACACCAAACAACUUGUCACAUCAAGUGAAUAUUAAAUCCUUAUAAAUAUUUAAAAAAUAAUUAUUAUUUUCAGCCUGCUGCCAAAAAUCCAGCACAUGUCCUAUAAAAUACUGACCUGUUUGUGUUAACAUCCUUCAGACUGAUAGCAGUUCCUCUCACUAAAUAAUAAAAAACAGCAUCGCUUUUUGACAGUAGUAAAUUUGAGUUUGAAAAAUUGAGAAGGCCUCACCCAGUGCUUAAGAUAAUCCUCACCAGGAUUCAAUGUCCUGUUCUCCUCCCUUCAAUCUAAGGAUGAAACGUAAUUUGUUUGUAUGACAGUAAUACAGUGAAAUAUAACAAUAGUAAAGUCAAAUUUUUUACACCAUCACAUCAAUGCUAUAGUUCAUCAUGAGAAUAAGUUGUUUAAAGAGUUUGUUUUCAGCCCUGGCUGUCGCAGCAGUGCUUCUCUAUGUGAGCUCUGUCAAAAGGAAAAUUCAAACCCAAGAGAAGCGACUAUAUGAUGUGCAGAAAAACUUUUCACUACACAAUGCACUUCUCUUCAACAAACUAGAGAAACUGGAGGCUCAGGUGCACGCCAUGGAAGAGAUUAACCUUAAAGUGAAAACGAAGAAGAAACCAGCAGUGAAACUGUUUCCAAACUCACACCUGUUCCAGCAAUGGACUGUGGAACUUUCUGAGGAAGACCAAAGGAAGGCUGAAGAUCUCUUUCAGAAAUAUGGUUAUAAUGCUUUCAUUAGCGACCAGAUCCCUCUGGACAGAGAGCUUCCGGAGACUCGAGACUACAGAUGCAUUGGACGUCAAUAUCCAAAGAAUCUGCCCAGCAUCAGUGUGGUGUUGAUUUUUCUGGAUGAGGCCCUGUCUGUCCUUCAAAGAGCCAUUUGUAGCAUAAUUAACAGAACUCCAGCCCAUCUUCUCAAAGAGAUCAUACUGGUGGACGACCACAGCACAAAUGAAGAUCUGAAGACACAGCUGUACAUCUACGUCACAUCCAUUAAUCAGAAGCAUUCAAACUUGGUGAAGCUGGUGUCUCAUUCAGAGCAGAGAGGUCUCAGCCAGGCUCGAAUCUCAGGGUGGAAGGCUGCCACCGCAGAUGUAGUUGCCAUUUUGGAUGCCCACGUGGAAGUCCAUGUCCAAUGGGCAGAGCCUUUACUUGCUCGUAUCCAGGCGGACCGCACGGUGGUCCUGAGCCCAGUGUUUGACAAAGUGAAUUUUCAUGACCUCCAAGUAACGAAAUAUCCUGCGGCUGCACAUGGCUUUGACUGGGCGCUCUGGUGCAUGUACGAGUUGUUCCCACAGAGGUGGUAUGAUCGAAAUGACUUUUCACAGCCAGAAAAGAGUCCGUCUGUAAUGGGCAUUCUUGUGGUUGAUCGUCUGUUUUUUGGUGAGAUUGGAACUCUGGAUGGAGGGAUGGAGGUCUAUGGAGGAGAGAAUGUUGAAUUAGGAAUACGGGUGUGGCUUUGUGGAGGAAGUGUAGAGAUUGUGCCAUGCUCUAAAAUUGCUCACGUUGAAAGGGCUCACAAACCCUACAUGCUUGACCUCAGCAUUACAAUGAAGAGAAAUGCCCUCAGAGUGGCAGAAGUGUGGAUGGAUGAAUACAAGACAAAUGUUAACAUCGCAUGGAAUCUUCCCAUAAAGGACCAUGGAAUAGACAUUGGAGAUGUGUCAGAGAGAAAGAGAUUGAGAGAAAGGCUGAAAUGCAAACCAUUUAAAUGGUAUCUGGACAAUGUCUAUCCUCAGUUAAAUCUCGUUAUACUUGGUUAUGGAGUGAUGAAAAAUGAUCUGCAAACAAAUUCAUGUUUGGAUCAGGGGCCGCUUGAAGGAAACACUCCCAUUUUGUAUCCAUGUCAUUACUCAUCUUCACAGGUGUUUCAGUAUACAACUAAAGGUGAGAUAUUUAUUGGUCCCCUUGAAUCUCAUACACACCGUCGGACCCGCUGUCUCAGUGAUCCAGGCUCAGGGAAAGUCCCAGAACUGAAUUUGUGUUUGGAUGAUAAAAACCUCAAACAGCACAUAUAUUGGGACUUCAAACAGGGACAGGCUAUACAAAACAAAGACACAAAACGCUGUCUGGAGAUCAGUGCCAACCAGAAUGGAGAAUACAAUCUCUUUAUUGGUGAAUGCAGCGGUCAGCACUGGAAGAUACAGUAUGUAAUUCGGGACUUAUGAAAUGGAGGAGGCCAAACAUACUGAUGAUGGAGACAUGGAGUUAGAGCUCUUUGUAUAUAAACACUAAAGAUAUAACCCGGUUUGAGUAGGGCGUACCUCUAUCCAUGUGCCCUGUUGCACUGUUUUAAGCAAUAAUUAAACCUUUAUUUUAAAAGACAACUAACACUCAUUCUAGGGACAUCUUUAAACCAAUAGAGUUUUUUUUUUACUGAAAACGCAAAAUUAAGGAUGAUUUAAGAUGGAUAAGCAGAGAGAACUGCAGCAUAGUUGUCCAAUUAUUGUUUGAAUGUGAAUGCAGCCGUAUCCUCAACAAGUCUAUGUGCAGAAAACAACUCAUAAAAAAAUAGAUGUUUAUUAAAAUAUAAGCAUAAAUGUAAAAUAAAAUCUACUCUAAU